GUCGCUCGGUCGAGUGGGAGUCGAAUCUUCUGUGGAAUCGUUUGCUUUUAUUUCUGCACGAGCCUUCGCGUGCCGUUUCUUCCGCUUCAAACCAAAACAAACGUUGCUCGGUUAAUUUCCGAGGGAUUAUUCGGUGUUUUCUGUGGAAAGGCGACGAAUAAGGUCAAGGAAAAGAUGAGUGUGGAGGCGUACGGGCCGAGCUCACAGACGCUCACCUUCCUGGACACGGAGGAAACGGAGCUGCUCGGGGCCGACACGCAGGGCUCCGAGUUCGAGUUCACCGACUUCACGCUGCCCAGUCAGACCCAGACGCAGGGCCAGACUCAAAGCCAGCUGGACAAUCAGGUGAACGGGCCUGAUGGAGUUCUGCCAAACGGAGAGGAUGCAGUGGUGAAGACCAGUCAACUUCUGGCCGAGCUGAACUUUGAAGAAGAUGAGGAAGAUACUUACUACACUAAAGACCUGCCAGUGCACGCCUGCAGCUACUGCGGCAUUCAUGACCCAGCAUGUGUGGUCUAUUGCAACACCAGCAAGAAAUGGUUCUGCAACGGCCGUGGAAACACCUCUGGCAGUCAUAUUGUGAACCACUUGGUGAGGGCCAAAUGUAAGGAGGUGACCCUGCAUAAAGACGGUCCACUGGGCGAGACCGUUCUGGAGUGCUAUAACUGCGGAUGCCGCAACGUGUUCCUGCUUGGCUUCAUCCCGGCUAAAGCCGAUUCUGUAGUAGUGCUUCUGUGCAGGCAGCCAUGUGCGAGUCAGAGCAGUCUGAAGGACAUUAAUUGGGACAGCUCUCAGUGGCAGCCCCUGAUUCAGGACCGCUGUUUCCUGUCCUGGCUGGUAAAGAUCCCGUCUGAGCAGGAGCAGCUGAGAGCCCGUCAGAUCACCGCUCAGCAGAUCAACAAACUUGAGGAGCUCUGGAAGGAGAACCCGACAGCAUCCCUGGAGGAUUUGGAGAAACCUGGAGUGGAUGAGGAACCUCAGCAUGUUCUACUUCGCUAUGAAGAUGCAUACCAGUACCAGAACAUUUUUGGCCCACUCGUGAAACUAGAGGCUGACUACGACAAGAAACUCAAAGAGUCCCAAACUCAAGACAAUAUAACAGUAAGGUGGGACUUGGGACUGAAUAAAAAGCGGAUAGCUUAUUUCACUCUGCCCAAGACGGAUUCAGGUGACAUGCGACUGAUGCAGGGAGAUGAGAUCUGUCUGCGCUAUAAAGGGGACUUGGCUCCACUCUGGAAAGGCAUUGGACAUGUCAUCAAAGUUCCAGACAAUUAUGGAGAUGAGAUCGCUAUUGAGCUGCGCAGCAGUGCAGGCGCACCUGUGGAGGUGCCACAUAACUUCCAGGUGGACUUUGUCUGGAAAUCCACAUCAUUUGACCGAAUGCAGAGCGCCCUGAAGACGUUUGCUGUUGACGAGACCUCCGUUUCUGGUUACAUCUAUCAUAAGUUGUUGGGUCACGAAGUGGAGGACGUUAUCAUUAAAUGCCAGCUGCCCAAACGCUUCACUGCGCAGGGUCUGCCAGAUCUCAACCACUCACAGGUCUAUGCUGUGAAGACGGUACUUCAGAGACCUCUUAGUCUAAUCCAAGGGCCUCCUGGAACUGGCAAGACUGUCACCUCUGCCACCAUUGUCUACCAUCUUGCCAGACAGGGCAAUGGUCCAGUGCUGGUUUGUGCUCCGAGUAACAUCGCUGUGGACCAGCUGACGGAGAAGAUCCAUCAGACGGGACUGAAGGUGGUUCGUCUGUGCGCUAAGAGUCGCGAGGCCAUCGACUCUCCUGUGUCAUUCUUGGCUCUGCACAAUCAGAUCCGCAACAUGGACAGCAUGCCAGAGUUGCAGAAACUGCAGCAGCUGAAGGACGAGACUGGCGAGCUGUCGUCCUCUGAUGAGAAACGCUACCGAGCUCUGAAACGAACGGCUGAGAGAGAACUGCUCAUGAAUGCGGACGUGAUCUGCUGCACGUGUGUGGGUGCAGGCGACCCCCGACUGGCUAAGAUGCAGUUCCGAUCCAUUCUCAUCGAUGAGAGCACGCAGGCCACGGAGCCCGAGUGCAUGGUGCCAGUGGUGCUUGGGGCCAAACAGCUGAUUUUGGUUGGUGAUCACUGUCAGCUGGGUCCAGUGGUGAUGUGUAAGAAAGCAGCUAAAGCGGGUCUGUCUCAGUCUCUGUUUGAGCGUCUGGUGGUUCUGGGCAUCAGACCAAUCCGUCUGCAGGUGCAGUACCGCAUGCACCCCGCGCUCAGCGCUUUCCCUUCCAACAUCUUCUACGAAGGAUCUCUGCAGAACGGAGUCACAGCCACUGAUCGCAUCAAGAAAGGUUUUGACUUCCAGUGGCCUCAGCCAGAUAAGCCCAUGUACUUCUACGUGACUCAAGGCCAGGAGGAGAUCGCAAGCUCUGGCACCUCCUAUCUCAACAGGACUGAAGCUUCUAAUGUGGAGAAGAUCACCACACGACUGCUGAAGGCCGGAGCCAAACCCGAUCAGAUUGGCAUCAUCACACCGUACGAGGGCCAACGCUCUUACCUGGUGCAGUACAUGCAGUUCAGCGGCUCCCUACACACCAAACUCUACCAGGAAGUGGAGAUUGCCAGCGUGGACGCAUUCCAGGGCAGAGAGAAAGACUUCAUCAUUCUGUCUUGCGUCAGAGCUAACGAACAUCAGGGAAUCGGCUUCCUCAACGACCCGCGCCGUCUCAAUGUGGCCCUUACCAGAGCCAGGUAUGGUGUGAUCAUUGUGGGCAAUCCUAAAGCUCUGUCUAAACAACCUCUGUGGAACCACCUGCUCAACUACUAUAAAGAGCAGAAAGUUCUGGUGGAGGGGCCUCUGAAUAACCUGAGAGAGAGUCUCAUGCAGUUCAGCAAACCACGCAAGCUCGUCAAUACAAUCAACCCUGGAGCUCGUUUCAUGAGUACCGCCAUGUAUGAUGCAAGAGAGGCCAUGAUUCCUGGAUCUGUGUAUGAUCGCAGCAGCACCGGACGUCCAUCUAAUAUGUACUUCCAGACCCAUGAUCAGGUUGGAAUGAUCGGGACUGGGCCAAACCCAAUGGGCUCCAUGAACAUACCGAUCCCAUUCAACCUGGUCAUGCCGCCCAUGCCUCCGCCCAGUUACUUGGGUCAGGUGAAUGGACCGGCUACUGGUCGUGGUGCUCCUAAAGGCAAGACUACGGGUCGUGGAGGUCGUCAGAGGAACCGUGGCCCAGGUAACCACGGCAGUGGGCAGCCCAACAUGCCGAACAGUCAGGCCAGUCAGGAUCUGGUGUCUCAGCCCUUCUCUCAGGGUCCUCUGACCCAAGGCUACAUCACCAUGAGCCAACCGUCACAGAUGAGCCAGCCUGGACUAUCUCAACCUGAACUUUCACAGGACAGUUAUCUGGGUGAUGAGUUCAAAUCGCAGAUGGAUGUGGCGCUCUCGCAGGAUUCCACCUACCAGGGUGAACGGGCAUACCAACACGGAGGAGUGACUGGACUCUCACAGUACUAGAGUGUUGUUGGAACGGGAGCUAGGCCUGUGCUGAGCUUAGUUCAUCAGCAUUUUAAAUAUGGCUAAAUAUAAAAAAAAGAACAAACAUGGAUGCCCGUUUACCACUGUUACAACUGAAGCACCAUGGUGUGAGAGCAACAGGAGAGAAUCAAACCAAUCACAAGAGGGAGUGAAGCUGGACAGGACGAAAGAGAACGUGUGAGAAUGGAGGGACAAUCCACCAUUCGUUGACGACGGAGAGGAGAGGAGAGACGCAGUGUUCAGGAGGAGACCAAACUCGAGAUCUUCCAUCUGCAACUCCGCAACGUGGAGGGUGGCGGCUCCUGGAGUGCAGGGGGGCCCUUCCCAGCGUCCUCUCUCUCGCCUGGCUGCAGACGCCAGCCUCGGGCCUUGCCCUGCCAACCAGAGACGGAGCGAAAAGAUGAAGUUCUCUUAAAACUACCUGCAAAAGCCAUGCUUGCUCUGUCGUCUCCACGAGCUGAGAGAGGGGGUGAUGUAUUUACAGUAAUUAUAAACGCUUUUCAAGCAACUGAUUUUUGGGAAAAGAAAAAUGUCCCCUCAAAGUUGACAUCUAACAUUCGGGUUCUGUCACUGAACAUGUUUGAGAGAACGGAUCCGUGCGGUUUUGCGUUUAGUUUUCAAGCCGAGGUGCUAGGAUGCUCUGAAGACGGAUUCAACUUUGAGGAAAGUUUUUUUGCCGUGAAGUCCAGGAGGGUAGAGAUCCCCAAACGGAGAGACUGUCACAUCCGAGUUGCUCUUUGCGAAGAGGCUCUCCUCUAGAUGAUUUAAAAAGGAUAAAGGGGUAGCUUAAACAAACGGCUUUGGGAUUUUCUUUUCUUUUAAACGUUUGUCUCCGGAGAGCUGACACGGAAGGGGCCGCGAGAUCUGUCCUUUUCUUAAUUUUCCUCUUUCUUUUUAAAUGUUUCUUCAAGUAGAAUAAAAGCAGUGAUGUAGAACCGCUCGAUUAGAUAUGGCUUCUUAAUAUAAAAUCACGAUAAAAAUAUCCCCAAAUGACUCGCCAACGCCCACAGGCUGGUCAAAGAGCCAAAUGCAGGUUUUAAAAGUGACACGUCGGUUCAAAAGAUCGACUAAACCUGUAGUGAAGUCCGUUUGUGUCAUCUUGCCAAAUUAUUAGUAAAACAAACAAUUGAGUCAAUCGAUUUCGCUCACAACACCGACACAUACACAAUUAGCCACAACAAUUCUGUCCAAUCAGAAUGACCGACGGCAUCAUAGUGUUAUACACAUACAAACGCCCGAAUGAAUUUCGCCUCGCGGAAAGCGAUUUCAGCUCCUAAAUGAAGAACCGCCAGGUGAGAUUCUCGCUGUUUUAGUGUCUGACUGUAGGAGGCGCUGUUGUGCGCUCUUGCAUUAUGAUGAUGUCUAUGAAAUUUGGCGGUAAAAAUCCGCCCCAGAAGAGAGUAUGUGUGUUUGUGUUUCCAAAAAGCCCUCCCUCGUUAUCAUUUGUGUUCUAUAAUAGUUUGGCUUUGUCCCCCCUCACAUUUUUAGUAACUCAUAUUUUAGACGUUCAUGUAACCUCUCUCUCGGUGUGGAAAUUGCUCCCAAUUUCUUAAUUUUUGGUUUCGAAGGACCCACUAAGAGUUUUAUGGCAGCUUUUAACAUCUAUUUCCACCGAUGCCAGUCGCCUCAACUAUAUACUUUUACUUUGGAGUGUUUAUAAUUGCUGUUACUCCAUAUUUACCGACUUUUUGGGUAUGUACUGAUACUGAAGUACCACGACUCUCGUUUUAUGGCACUAAGCAAAGAUUCGUUUUUAUUCACUCAGUUAUUUGCUUUCUCCUUUUCUUUGCCCACAAGACAAUCAUGAUCAGUUCAUGACGGUCGUAAAAAGCUAAAAGUAGCCGAUUAGGCAUUCUGAGCAUGUACCCAUUCUUUUUGGUGAUCGGCGUUCCCGACGUUUUCAUGUUUAUCCUCUCAUUUAUAAUUAACUCUUAGUGACUCAAUCUAAAAUUGCUUUAUUGAGCAUUCUUAGUUCUUAAAAAAAUCUGAGUUUAGUUCACUUUACAUGCGUCAACUGUAAAUAUCUGUGAAUAUCGUAAAACCGGCCAAAUUGUUGCCCAUUAUAAUGACAAUAAAAUGAUGUAAUUCUAUUCAAAACAUUGGUCACGGUGAUCUGUAGUGAUGUAUUCUGGUUAUCAAGACUGUGAUAUGAGACUAGUGUGCCUGAGUUCACAUUUAAUUGUGAGUCUACAGGCUAAAGUUGCAUUUGAAUAACAAACUUGACUUUGUACAAUAAGUGAAUAAAGUAAAUCUUGCAAUGAAGAGGAACACUGGGAAAAAUAAAACCUGUUGAGGCGUCAGGAUAUGAAGUAUGAUCCGGGAUUGUUUUGUUUUGUUUUGUGGAAAGAAUGAUCACCCCCACAGUAUGUACUUGUAAUGUUACAAAUAAAUGUUGCUUUCUUUCAUCCAAAA